UGCUCCUAAUUUUGCACUCCUACAGCCUCUAGGAAGAGAUACCAUGACCUUCCUCUUCACAACACUGCUCUGUUUGGAACUGACUGUGGGCCUCAGGAAUGCAGUGCUGGCAGGAGCCUACAGUAAACCCAGACUGUCAGCACAACCAAGUCCUGUGUUGGCCCCAGGUGGCAAUGUCACCCUCCAGUGUGUCUCAAAGCAGCAAUAUGACAGGUUUGUUUUGAUUAAGGAAGGACCACAGAAGCUCUCCUGGAUCAUGGACUCGCAGUAUAACCAAUCUUCUGGGCAGUUUGAAGCCCUGUUUUCUCUGGGCGUUUUGAUUCCCAACCAGCUUUGGACAUUCCGAUGCUACAGCAAUUACAGGAACAAACCACAGGUGUGGUCAGAACCUAGUGAGCCCCUGGAACUGCUGUUCUCAGGAAUCUACCACAACAAACCCAGCCUGUCAGUCCUGCCCAGCCCUGUGGUGACCUCAGGAGGGAACAUGACUCUCAAGUGUGUCUCCCAGGAGAGAUAUGACAAGUUCAUUCUCACCAAGGAAGGUCAGAAGUUCCUCAGCUCCAUGAACUCACAGUAUAUACACCAUAUUAUGCAGUACCAAGCCGUUUUCUCUAUAGAUCAUGUGACCCCAAACCACACAGGAACAUUCAGAUGUUAUGGUUACUACAAGAAUACCCCACAUUUGUGGUCUGUACCCAGCGAUCCCCUGGAAAUACACAUCUCAGCCUCAGAGACACAGGAUCAAACAGUUGAGAAUCUCAUUAGAAUGGGGAUGGCCGGCUUGAUCCUCAUAGUCCUUGGAAUUCUGAUGUGUGAGGCUUGGAACAGCCAGAGGUGGGCCCACAAUGCAUCUGGGGCCUACUCAGAAGAGGCAGAUGCACAACUUUGAAGCACCAGGCAGAAGGCAAGCUAAAUAAGAAUUUGUCACCUGGAGAAGAGGUUUGCCCCACGAGAAGGAACAGCCACAUGAAAAAGAUCAAUGGAGAGGACAUCAAGGCAUGGUGAACAUUGGGGCAGUGCCCAUGGAUGAAUUACAAAUGUUCUUAUGCUCAGGGUUAAUGUGAAAGAAGAGCAGAUGGGCCUUUUAGCAACAGGACCUGGAGAUGCAUGAUCAGCACAACUCUUCCCUUCUGCUGAGAGAUGCUGAGCUGCACCUCCUCACAUACGCAGGGAUCUUUAUGUCUCCUCAAAUGAGGGAAGGAGACUCUCAGGUCAGCAAUGGUUCUGAUUAUGAGAGCAUCUGGAGUUGUUGCCUUUACCUCCAUCUACUUCAGAAUUAAAUCAGAGUGACUGGGCACUGAGGUCCUGCCCUCAGAACACCUUACUCUUCACUUUGAAAAUCAGCAGAAUUUAGAUUUGUUACAAAAGGGCAUGUUAAUUCCAUCUGCUGAAAAUGUCUGAAAAUAAACUCUCAAUGCUGGAUAUAGGUUUCCUCAGAUAUGUCCAGUUUACAUGGGUUUGUACCAAGCUCUAUUUUUAAUGGGGAAUUCAAAGGGAUUCAAGGAUCCAGUAUAUGUUAUCCACAAAUAAAUCCAAAGCACAGUCCUCUGAUGACAGCCACCAUUCACUCACUGACCCCACAUUCACUGUGAGCAUCCAGGUUUUCAGGUAAUCAUGGGUGGAGAAUGUUACCAAUGUGAACAGAUCCUCAUCUCAUUCUGCAUACAGUAAGAACAUCUCAGAACUCAUGCAGGAUAAAAAAGAAGAUGUCUGGAAUAACAUGGAAGAAGAUGCUGAUCAUUUCAAUUAAGACACUGAGUAUGGUCUGUGAUGUUGAUCCUGAUCAGGAAUCCAACAUCGAGGACAACACAGAUUGCCUUUACACUGUGUACUUCAUCUUGUAGAUGUAAGCAUAGAAUAGAUCUUGCGAAGCAACCUACAGAGUUGGAAGUCAUGUGUUGCUUAACAUUAGCUUGUCAUAGUUAAUUGACUGGAUUGAUGAAUAAAUUCCAUGAGCACAGUUGGAAGAAAAACUUCAGUGUUUGCAGAAAUAGAAAAUAAUAAAGUAAUAACAUAAACA